AAAUGUCUAGCCGGAAGUUCCCAUUGACAGACGAAAGUGGAAAGUGAAGACGUGCGAGCUGCACUUGGAAAGUUGGAAGUUUCAUAAAAUAUCCAGAGGCGAGAAACUUAUCGAAAUAUCUUCCGAUCAUGACAUCGCUCUCGGGGGACAGUGAUAAAGAGAAGCUGCGCUCUGUGACAGUGGACUUAAACAACGAUGCAUCUCUCCUCAUUGACAUACCUGACGCUCUUUGUGAACGUGACAAAGUCAAAUUCACUGUCCACACCAAUACCACACUUAGUUCCUUUCAGAAGCCGGAAUUUUCGGUAUCACGGCAACAUGAAGAUUUUAUCUGGCUCCAUGACACAAUCGUGGAGACUGAGGACUAUGCUGGCUUCAUUAUUCCUCCCGCCCCACCAAAGCCUGACUUUGAGGGUCCCAGAGAGAAGAUGCAGAAGCUGGGAGAGGGUGAAUCCAGCAUGACUAAAGAGGAAUAUGCCAAAAUGAAGCAGGAACUUGAGGCGGAAUACCUUGCUGUUUUUAAGAAGACUGUGCAGGUUCAUGAAGUUUUUCUUCAAAGACUGUCUUCCCACCCCAUCCUCAGCAAGGACAGAAACUUCCAGAUAUUCCUGGAAUUCGACCAGGAUCUCAGUGUGAGGAGAAAAAAUGCCAAGGAAAUGUUUGGUGGAUUCUUUAAGAACAUGGUAAAGACUGCUGAUGAAGUCCUUAUCUCAGGGAUCAAGGAGGUUGAUGAAUUUUUUGAACAGGAGAAGACUUUUCUGCUGGAUUAUUCUGGCAAAAUCAAGGAUGCCACUGCUAAGGCCGAGAAAAUGACCCGUUCACACAAAAGUGUUGCUGAUGACUAUAAUCUUAUUUCUGCGGCUCUGAACAGCACUGCUGCGGACAACAACACCACGUUAAAAAAACACUUGGAAAAAUGUGCUGAUGUGUUUGAAAAGCUUAGGAAACUUGAGGACAGAGUGGCAUCAGAUCAGGAUCUCAAGCUAACAGAGCUGUUGAGAUAUUACACAAGAGACAUUCAAGCAGCCAAGGACCUUUUGUACAGACGGGCACGGGCCCUUGCCGAUUACGAGAAUUGCAAUAAGGCUCUUGACAGGGCUCGCCUGCGGGGUAAAGACAUCGCACAGGCUGAAGAGAACCAGAGAAAAUCUCUGCAGAAGUUUGACAGGCUCUCUGAGUCUGGCAAGAAAGAGCUCACCAGCUUCAAGGCGAGGAGGGUAGUGGCCUUCCGCAAGAACUUGAUCGAGAUGGCAGAGCUGGAGAUAAAACAUGGCAGGAACAGCGUGUCCCUUCUGCAGGGAAGCAUUGAGAUGCUCAAGAGCAAUUGAGCCCACAAGCCACACUGGGCCAUCCUCAGCACCUCGUAUUGUUACUGACCUAAUAGAGUGGAGCCUGGACACGCCUAUUUCACGUGGUCCUAACAUGGCUCAGUAACCACUCUAAAAACUUGGGAGCGUCACCACCAGCACAAUGUCUCUACCAUGUUUACAGUUUUCUAUUUGCUGCCAGUAUCUUGCAAUAUCUGACUGAGGGCAGCGACUCCUUCUAUGAGCCUGCCAGCACUUAAAAUCUAUCUUUGUCUGUUUUGUUUCACACCUGUGUUAACAACGCUUUUCUUUUUAGGUUUUUCUUGCAUUUGCUGAGAUAUUUUAGAUCAGGUAACACUGACAUAUAUACAGUAUAUAAACAAUCAUAAUAAGAGAAGAGUUGAAAGUACAUAAUUUCUGUGAUUCUUUUUUGUUUGUUUGUUUGUUUUAUUAUCAGUACACCAUGAUUAAAUUCAGAUUUUCUUUUGGCUGCAGUUUUGUACCCUAUAAAUGUGAUCACUGUGGUAAAUUGUGUUCACACUGGAAAGUUGGUAGAACUAUUCAUAAACUGUCACAUAAGAAUAACUUGUGAAAACGAAAAGCAAAAUAAAUCUCUUCAGAGGUGAUGUGUGACCACCAUUUGUCUAUUCAGAAGAAAUUCAUACAAAGACCUCUAUGCCAAAAUCUGUUGAUUUGGUAAACAGAUGUGCCAAGGGAAUGCUGGCAUUAAUUCUUGAUCAAAGCCAAUGUCAAAUUGCACUGCCAUGGUCAAUAGGAGCACAAUUGUAUUAAAUCUGCUUAUUUUAGUCAAUUCACUUUUAUGUUUCACUUUUAGUGAACAAUUGACUGAACCUGACUUCCCUGGUGUUGGAGGCAAUUCUCCAUUUUGUGUUACUAUACAUAUAUUUUUGUAAAGGCCAUGAAUAAAAUUAUGCUCUUAUAUGUGUAUGCAUAAAGCAGUUCUCCAUAAAUGAGCUGUGUGUUGUCCCUGACAUUACAUUUCAAUCUCAUACAGAUAUUUGUCAAAUCUUUAAAUACAAAUCAGCAUUCCUUUUUCAUAUGUUUAACUUGCUUUUAUGGACUGUUUUCUUUGUUAACAGUCGAACUACAUUUAAAUGUGUGUAGAGUUACAUGUAUACAGUAUGUAAUGCUCUGAUAGGGAUGAUGUUUUGUUAUAGAAUUAUUGCAAUCGUGUGUGAGCUCAGUUUAAAAAAAUAAAACAUUUUAUAAAUGAAAAUGUGUAGAUGGAAAAUCACAGUUUUUAUGAAAAUUUCAUAAAUAAUGAAAUUAAAUGUACCAUG